AUGUACCCUGCGCGCAAUAGAAGAGAUGGUCCACCGGGUGACAGACCUCCCUUUCCACCGAAUGGCGGUGGUAGUGACUACUUUGAGAGUCGCCGCCAACAGCGCGCUAAUAACACAUUGAGUAUAUGGCCUCCGUCUCCAAAAGAGCCCGCUCGCAGCUUGUCGCCCGAGCGCAGUCAUAAGCACAAACACAAGCGGAAACACAGACGUGACCGAUCUUCGUCUACCUCCUCGAGCUCCGACAGCGAAGAGGAGCGCAGACGGAGACGACGCAGGAAAGAGAAGAAACGGGCGAAGAAGGAGAAAGAGCACGAUCGCUCGGACAGGAUACGGCAUCGUACGCGCACGCGUUCGGUGUCACCGCGUCGCCGUUCUCGCUCGCCUGAGGACCAAUGGGUCGAGAAGGCUCCGGAGUCUGCUGUCCCGCGAAAACUCUCGCCGCCACCUCGAGCCUCAAGUUCACGUGCUUCGCCGCCGCCAUCGGACGAUGACGAUGAUGAGGUUGGGCCCAAGCCUGAGCCUACCGCAGCCCAGAUCAGCAAGAGCAGGCAGGACGAGAAGCAGUAUGGUGGUCAACUCCUGCGUGGCGAAGGUAGCGCGAUGGCUGCGUUCUUGAAAGACGAUCCUGACGCGCGUAUCCCGCGUCGUGGUGAGAUCGGUCUGGCGUCGGACGAGAUUGCGAAGUACGAGGCGGCAGGAUACGUGAUGAGUGGCAGUCGGCACCGCGUCAUGAACGCUGUGCGGAUGCGCAAGGAGAACCAGGUCAUCAGCGCGGAGGAGAAGCGUGGUAUCUUGAAGUUGCAGCAGGAGGAGCGCGAACGGAGGGAGCAGGUGCUCAGAGAAGAGUUCCAGGAGCUGUUGCAGGAAAAGCUCAAGGGUGCGGAGGGCCCGCGACCGCCGAAGUGA